AUUUUGGCUCAAGACUCCAGAUUCCCUGGGGACCAAGUGGAGACCUCUGAUCCGAGGCUAGUCCACAGGAUCUUGCAACCUCAUGGUUUCGCACCCCCUUGAGGUCCAGAGUCCUCGUUUUCUCUCCGAGCCGUGGACACUGCUCCCAGCACCUCCCCCGCGAUGUCGGCUGCAGUGCCCGACGGAGAGGAGGUGGAGAUUCUUGACGAUGACCUGUCCCAUCAAGUGCCUGUCUCGGCGCUAGAGAGGAUGGCCAAGGCGAGGGAGGAGAACGCGGCGGUCAACAAAGCAAUGGAGGAGAAUAUGAGCCUGCUGACGUCCAACCACCAGAGGGUGAUGAACGAGGUUAUGAAGAUCGGUGUCCUUGAGGCGAGGGUCAUCAGCAUCGAGUCGGCUUCGUCGAAGAUGCCGCAGGGGUCGAGUCAAGGCGACGCCGCGAUGCAGAUGCAGUUCACAACGUUCGCCGAGAGCAUCAAGAGGGACAUGGGCACAAUGAAGGUCGAGGUCAAGGCGGCCUCCACAGCAGAAUCGGUUGGGUCGGCUGGCAGCGCGUCUCGCCCAGUCAAGAUAUCUCGUGCCUCGAGUUCGGUGCCUACGGCGAGAAUGUCGGCAGAUGAUGAGCUGAUGUUUGCAGUAGGUGGGUCAGCGGAUUUCUUCUCCCCCUGUUGGCUGUUGCGAGGAUGGCCCACUUUGAGCAUUUGAAGAAGCACGUGAGUCUGCACAUGUCCACCAUGAGGGCCAAGUUCGCGAUGAUCCGCCAGAGCUACAGCGUGCACUUCGACACGUCGUUUCAGGCCAGAGAGUUCCACGAUGGAUGACGGACCAUCCCAUGCAAUGGCGCGAUGCACGUGACCAGCCGUCGCACGACGUGCGUGCGAUAACAGAUCUUCCAGGUGAGGUUCCUAGUCGACAGCGUCAGCUCGGCCGUGAUUGGCUUCCGAUGAAGGGGCUGCUGCUGAAGAAGGGAGUCUGGUCGCAAUCGGCCAAGAUGGGUGCGAAUGGCUUCAAGAAUGAGUUCUAUUUCAUCAGAUAUGACGACUUUUGGAUAUUUUUCCGUGGCGACGCGCACGGCCACUGAGGAUCUAAUUCAGCUCAACAUAGAGCAGUCCGAGAUUGACCGGGUCUUGCAGUUGCUGAGAAAAUCGGUGGGUACGCUACCGGGAAGAAUGCAGAAUUCAGAUGGCGCAGAAAAGUCGCGAUCUUGAAUAGCUUUGUGAUGUUUGGGAAUUGUGUCUCUUUUCCUCCUCCUCUCCAGUUACGUCGGUCUCGGCUUCAUCUGGCAGCAGCUGUAUUUCCGAAGAUGGUGGGUAUUCGGGAGAGGGGUCGGCUGGUGUCUUGGAGGAUGCGGAUUCGUCGGGCUCCCUUUCAUUCCCAAGCGUCGGUUCCUUAUCACCACUUGGAAUGCGCAUACGUUGUUCGUCUCAUUGUACGCGGAGGUGGCCACCCAGGCUCGCACGAGGGCCACGGUCAUUACGUUGUGUGAGAAGGCCGAUGUCGUUGUGCCCCAGGAGUGCCAUGGCUGUGGUGAGGAUCUCCUACUGGCGGACUUUCAGCAAUGUCUAGGCAGGGGUGCCUUUCUCCCUGGUCGUGCCGCUGGAGGCUCUGUGAUUCUUUUUUUGUCGGAUUAUUGUGCAGCUCUUCUUGCGCAUUAAGCACGAGGUCAUUGCCGAGGGGCGGUGCCACAACGUGCAUCUCCGAGAGAAGCGUGUGCGCCUGACUGUAUGUAGCAUUCAC